GGUGCCUCAUCCGCCAUGGUCUUCAGUGCCAUGGGAGCCGCCUAUGGCACAGCCAGGAGUGGCACUGGCAUUGCAGCCAUUGCCAUGAGGCCAGAGAUGAUCAUGAUAGUGGUCAUGGCUGGGAUCAUCGCCAUCUAUGGCCUGGUGGUGGCAGUCCUUAUCGCUAACUCCCUGACUGAUGGCAUCACCCUCUAUAGGAGUUUUCUUCCACUGGGUGCUGGCCUGAGUGUGGGGCUGAGUGGCCUGGCUGCUGGCUUUGCCAUUGGUAUCGUCGGAGAUGCUGGUGUUCGGGGCACUGCCCAGCAGCCUCAACUGUUCGUGGGCAUGAUCCUGAUCCUCAUCUUCGCUGAGGUGCGUGGCCUCUACGGUCUCAUAGUGGACCUCAUCCUCUCCACAAAGUAG